AUGUCUGAGAGUCCCAAAUACAUGUCCUUCUUCGCCAUCAUGUGUGCCUCGGCUGCCAUGGUCUUCAGCACUCUUGGUAUGCCUUAUGGUACAGCAAAAAGUGGCACUGGUAUUGCAGCCAUGUCAGUCAUGCAACCUGAAUUGAUCAUGAAGUCAAUCAGUCCCAUCGUCAUGGCUGGUGUCAUCACCAUCUAUGGCCUUGUGGUGGCUGUUCUCAUUGCCAGCUAUCUGACAUUGGGAAUCACCCUGUUCAAGAGUUUCCUUCAGCUGAGAGCAGGUCUCAGCAUAGGCCUAAGUGGGCUGGUGGCUGGCUUUGCCACUGGCAUUGUAAGUAAUGCUGGUGUUCAGGGGAAAGCACAGCAGCUUUGA